AUGGAUUUCUCGGGGGUUGAGCAGAGAUUGAGGUCUUUAUCAUUGGGCAAGUGGAUCUGCGCAACAUUUAUACUGUUUGUAGCGAUCAUAGAGGUGUUGAUUUUUGCAGUGAUCGGUUGCUUCAAAGGCCGUCCCCGCCCAACCAAUCGCCGUUUCAUUUUCGGCGAUAUGUCUAUCAUCGCCGAUGAAACCAGAUUUACUGUUAAUGAGCUGGAGGUAUUGUAUGAGCUGUUUAAAAAGUUGAGUAGUUCAAUUAUCGACGACAUAUCGAUUCAUAAGGAAGAGUUAGCACUAUUUAGAACUCCCUAUGGUGAAAAUCUUUUCUUGGACAGGGUUUUUGAUCUCUUUGAUGAAAAGAAAAUGGUGUCUUUGAAAUGUGUUGUUCGUGCACUCAAUGUCUAUAUAUUUUGA